UCCCAAGAAACAACCAACAAUUCUUCCUUGACAAAUUCUGUCCCAAUAAAUUCCAUUAUUAUAAAUAAUAAAAUUGAUGAUACAAAAAUACGAACUCCUCAUAAAGUAAAGAUAAAAUCUGAUCAUAAAGCAAAAUAUAUUCCAAUUGAUAUUCCUAAUUCUUAUAACGAACAAGUGGAAGCCAAUUCAUCUCAAUCUCCUCAAAAUCGUCCAAAAGACAUUCAUCAAUUAGAACGAAAAGUUGACGCUCUUGGCAUUCAAUUAAAUCAGAUUGAACAAAUGCUAAACUCUUUGGUUCAAGCUCCUAAAGUUAACGAUAAUGUAAUAAAUAAUUUGGAAAACAAUGAAAAUAAUGAUAAAAAAGAUUUUAUUAUUGAAAGUAAAAAUAUAAUUAAAAAGAAUUUAGAUUCAUUAACUCAAAAUAUAAUUCCUCAAACUUCUAACGAUACAAUAACAAAUUCAACAAAUUCAAAAAAUUCGAAUUAUGAUCAUAUUCACUACUGUAAUAAAUGUGGUUCUCAAAAACUUCUUGAUGAAUGGUGUGAUAAAUGUGACCGAGAAAUUUUUGAAUCCAACUUUCCUAACUGGACUAGUGGAAACGAAGUCAUUGAUAACUUUAUACGAGAGACUCAGCUUUCUGCUACUACAAAGUUCAAUUUCUUAGAGUGGAUUCCUUUCUCUA